CCUCGUCCGAAGACUACGCCUCCAACAACAAUUGUAACUAAAACAUUAUUAUAGACACUGGCAUUUUGUGAAUAAACGCUGACAUAAAAAGACCUAAUAAAAAGUUCCAUUGUAAAAAAUUAAACAUUUCAGCUAAAUAACAGAAGAAGAAAAACAUUCUGCGAAUUAAAAACAAUUCCUCGCAUAUUAAUUUUAUAAAUCAAACUCAUUCCAAUUCCAAAAACAACCAUAGAACGCAACAUUUCAAGCUUCGAACAACCAUAGACAAGACAUUGAGAGUGUAAACGCUAAAAAAGAUAGGGAAAAUACACCAUGCGUGUUUUUUGGCGGGUCGAGAUGUGGUGCAGGCGGCAGGCUGCGGCGGCCAUCUUGCCGCUGCUGCUCGCUGGGUGGCUGAUGGGAGAGUCUUCACAAGCACUUACUACCUUUGGGAAGAGUAACAGUAACACGCAGGCACCGAAGGAAGUUACUCCAACCCCACCACCAGCUCGACAAUGCCAGCGGCAAGCAGAAUGUGCUGGGAUCAGCGGAACAUCUUGUGUGAGGACCCAUUACGACGCCACAACCAGGUGUCUGUGUGGAGACAACCUGCCACCCGUCAAUGGACAGUGCGAAAACGCGCAGACCAAGAACCUGUACCAUAUCUGUAGCAACAGUGAUGAAUGCAACGAGGGUCUCAUCUGCCUGCAGCCGAACAUCACGUUCUCGACUCCACACCUGCGCGUGUACACACCACAAGACCGGAUCUGUCUCUGCGACAGCGAGAACGGAUACAAGGAGAAGGAGCACACGUGCAACGAUGCAGACAUUUUGAAGACAUCUCUAUUCGCCAUCGUCGUGGUGUCCUGCAUAAAGAAGCUAGUAUACUAAGUCCACCAGCUUUUGUAGGUCCUUGUAAGUUUAAGUUUAGUAUAACAUAUGCUUUGUUCUGGAUUAGGAGCCGAGGUUCGCGCCCAACUGGGCACCCUCAGGCCUGUUGUCUUUUAAAUUUCUUACCGGGUGAGAUCCCUCAGCGCUCCCCAUUAGUCCGGCCAAGUAGUUAAAGCGGCUAAAUCACGUCUAAAAAGAGUUUUGUUUAACGAACUGGUUUUAUUUUUCUGUCAACAACCCGUAAACCACAGUCAGGUAGUUAAAUAGGUAACCAACCUCAUCAACCCUGGUGUCAGGGUUAUUAUUGGGCAAAGGCCCCUGUCAUGGCUCAUGUAACGAUCACUCAUUUACAUCAGUAAAUAGUAACCGGGACCAACGGCUUAGCGUGCCUUCCGAAGCACGGAUCAUCUUACUUUCGGACAAUCAGAUGAUCAGCCUGCAAUUUCCAAAGUGAUUUUUGUGGUGCGUCUGACGGGGAUUCGAACGCAGGACCUCCGCAUCGGGAACCCAACUCUCACGUAUUGCACCACAGGGGCCGUUAAAGUCAAAGAAAUUAAGUACUUACUUGCCAACUUAAUUUUAGUUAAUGCGUUCCUAAUUCAGAACAAAUUCGUUUUAAUUUUAUUUUAAUAAUCAGGUUUAUUUUUCUUUUUAUAUGACGACUUCUUGACGAGAUCAUUAUAAUUUACGUAGGUAUUUUCUAAGUAGGUAACACUGAACUUGUGCCUAUGUGAACGAAAUUCGUCCAGAGAAUUGUGAUUGUACAUAUUUUAAAUGUUUGUAACAAUAAGAUGCACCGUCUAUUUAUUUUAUUUAAUAAUAAAAUUUAUUAAGUAAAUUUUAUUAAGAAUAUAAUUAAACACAUAAUAACGGGUUCUUACCGUGUCUAAAUCAGGGCGAUAUGGGACUCCCGAUAUUUCGACACUGUUGCAAGUGCCACGAUCACGGGAUGACAUAUCCCUGAUUUAAACGCGGUAAGAACCCGUUAUUAUGUGUUUUAAUUAUGAUAAUAACCGCGUAAACUUAAAACAUAGAUAUAAUUAUCAAAUUAUGAAAUUAUAAUGCUUUUAGCCGUCCUAACUUUUAGCCUAGAAUAAGGAAUAAUACUACGUAUAGAACGGCAACUCUCCGCUCCCUACCAGCGUCUGAGCUAAGUUUACCUCACCCCUCGGUCUUACUUUAGUCUUAAAUCGUAUGGCGUCAGACGUCACACACACAGAUGCGCGUGUACGAUAACGUCAAUGUGUAGUGUCUGUGUAAAACGAGGUUGUUUGUAUGAAGUGUCCAGGGUGUGCAUUUAGUAACAGCCAAGCACAUAAAUUUUCAUAUUUAUAAGUAGAUUUACAUAAAGAGUAUCAAUGGCUAAACGAAUUUAGGUAAGUAGUUUGGAAGCUUAAGUUGAGAAUGGCUUACCUUUAGAAUAUAUUGACCAAUACAUUAAAAAAAUACAAUUUAACAUGCAGUAGAAUUAGAUUAAAUAAACACACACACUAAUUCAAUUUAAUUUUACUUAUUAAUAUGACUUGAUAAUAUAUUUAAAUAACUACCCUAGAUGAUUUUUAGGGUUCCUAACCUCAAAACGUAAAACGGAACUCUUAUACUUUUACAUAAAUAAAUAACUUUUUUUCUUUAUUGAUUGCGCUAUUUGUUGGUACCUACACAUUGGAAAUUUAAUGCAAAAGAUAUAAUACCUCAGUUGAUAUUGUUAUACCUUAUAAAUAAUACUUAAAUCGUGUAGUUUCAGUAAAUAGGUAGGUACAGUCAUGAGCAAUAUAAUGUACCCACUUUAGGACUCUGUCGCACUAACAUAUUUGACAUUUAGUGAGACUUACAGUUCAAUUUGUCAAAAAAGUUAAUGUGACAUGGUACCAAAGUGACCGUACGCCAACUUUGUCGUCCGUGGUAAGUUUUCUCGAGAAAUAGGUACCACAAUAAAGUUGAAACUAAGCGAAAUUCCAAACUCCAACGGGAAAUAGACAUGUGCCAUGUUUAUCAAAACUUACAAGUCUACACGUUCACAAGCUACAAGUAAGUAAGUGUAAAUUAUACUUGUGAAAUAAAAUAUUGACACUUGUGACAUGUAAUUCACACGUGUAGUUUUGAUAAACACAUUCUUGUAAUAAUGAAAAUUUGUACAAGACAAUUUAUUGUAAUACAGGGCUUGUAAGUUUUUAUAAACAGGGCACUGAUCUU